UUAAUCUUUUUCACACCAAGUGUGAUGCCAAAUACAAGAUCGAUUAGUGUAAAAGUGCAACAUCCUCGUGUAUGAAGCGUUUUAUUUGAUUUACUAAGUAGGAAUUGCGAUAUUUAAUCUGCUUGACGCUGUAAGUCUACGAGGGAAUGAACUGUACAAAUGAACGUGACAGCAUGGGGGACGACUUCACCCCGCCAGUCUCACCGUUAGCAAACGACGACCUGUGUGAGCUGAGUCCAGCCUGUCCGCCGUGCUUCUGCUGCUCUGAAGUGAAAGACGCCGCUGCCGGAGCGCUUUCUGCAGACGGAUACGUCACGAGAGGCUCCCUGAAACGACUGCUGUUGCGCCUUGAUCCAGCCCCUGCAGAGUAUGAGACAGACACAGUGGACAUCUUCGGCUUCCCCUGGGUGACUGAGACGGCGCUGGUGGAAUCUACCAAGCUACUCUUUGGUCUGCUCAGACAGAAGGUUUACAAGUUGGAAACGCUGGUGCAGUCUGGCUCUCAUGACUUCGGUCAGGCAGGUAAUCUGCACUAUGAAGCAGACGGCCUCCGACAGCAGUGUGUGUUCUUCCUCCAGUAUGUGAAAGUGUUCGUGUACAGAUUCCUCGGCCCCGGCCGGUCCCUGGACGCGGGUCAGUCGCACCCCUUCGAGGAGCUGGAGGCCCUGUUCCCGUCUGUUCUCCUGGAGGAGCUGUUCGGCGUCACUCUCCUCAUCGGGAGGCUCAAAGACCUGCCUGCCAGUGUUCAAAGCGCCUUCACGAUUCAGAACCAGGGAAAGAUUUUUCCUCCCUCCUGGCACUUGCUACACCUUCAUCUUGACAUCCACUGGUCGGUUCUGGAGAUCCUUCACCUGCUCGGUCACAAGAUGCAAGGCCAGGUGGUGUACGCCCACCAGUUUGUUAAUCUGACGGGAGAGAACCUGACUGAUAGCAGCCUGUUUGACGAACACCUGUGCAGCCUGCUCUGCGACCUCACUGGUCUGGCCAUAGGCAAAUACAGCAAGGUGAGGCCCACGGAGGCGCUGAGCAGCCAUCAUUAUCUUUGCACCUGCACCAAAGAGCUGUGGGUCUUGCUCAUGUUCCUCCUGGAGCACAGGCAUAAAGUGUUGCACACACAGUCCUUCUGGAGCUACAUGAACGCGCUGCUGAGGCCACUGGUCUCAGGGAAGCCCGCGGCCGAGCAAUUCAGCGGCUUGCCCACGCACUGUAAGGACUCUCUGGGAUUCACCUGGUGGCUGGUCACUCACUUAGCAAUGUUAGGCCAGUACAGUCAAAAUGGAGCGGUUCAGGAUGAGAAUCAUCUGGGGGAUAACUGGACUUUUGUGGAGGAGCUGCUUAAAUUAACCUGCAACCCCAAGGGGGGUCUCGCAGAAGAGCACAUCAGGAUGCACGUCCACUGCACCCUCAGCCUGUUCCUGCUGUGGGAGCCGAGCACCAGCGCCGUCUCCACCCUCUGGGAGUACUACAGCAAGAAUCUGAAUGCGUCCUUCUCCGUGCUCUGGCUGCGGAUCUCCGGCCUUGGAACUUUGUGCAAGACUCCCCUCGCUCUGUUGGAGCAGGCCAGCAGCUGCUGCUCCACCCCUCCCCUCCGCUCCCAGGGACACACCCAGCUCUACCGCUCCGCCAGCUCCUUCCACAUCUUCCUCCGAGUGCUGGCCCUGUGCCUCUCCCAGGACAGGGCCGGCGGAGUCCCGCAGAGGCAGAUCAAAGGGAGGAUUUACUCAAAGUUCUCCGCAAAGAAGAUGCAGGAGUUGUCAGAGUUGGGCUUGAUGAACUUCCUGCUGCUGUUCCUGGUCGUGGCCCGGCAGGCGGAGCUGGAGGACGUGGCCAGCAGGGCGUGCGAGCUGCUGGGCUUCCUGCCCUCCACCUGCCCCCCGGCGUCCCGCGCCCUGGUGUGGAGAGGGCAGCUGGCACUGCUGCUGCUUUUCCAGGAGCGAGGUCUGGAUGUCGGCGCCCAGGCUGGCUGGCUGGCUUCCUCUUUUAAAGAGACGGCCAAGGAGUUCUACGAUAAGACCACCGAGGUGUCCCGGCGGCUGGCCCUGUGGGGCCCGCUGGGCUCCUACCUGGAGGGCGUGGCCGAGGUGUUCGAGACCAGCGCCACGCUCGGCCUGUCGGAGGAGAAGCUGCUCAACGAGGGCUUCGGCUGGCUGCUGCCCGCCUGCCGCCAGUCGGAGCUGAACUCCGCUCUGGGCUUCCUGCAGAUCGUCCUCGCGCAGCUCAGACGGGUCCAUCAGCGCAGCGUCCAGUCGGCGCCCGCUCUGACCCGGGCUCCUCCUGCCGCCGGCGGUGCAGCCAAAGAGCGCCACCUAGCGGUGGCAGCGGCCCUCUGGGCUCACUUCUUCCCCUUCCUGCGUAGCCUACGCCUCUCCCAGACCCCGCCGCCACUGCUGGCAGACGCUGCUGCAGGUUUCACUCUGUUGGCCUUCGAUCUGCCGUCAUCAGCCCCCCAGGACCUCCAGCCCCACCCGGUCCAGGCCAUCCUGCAGUGCUUCGGCUGGGACGACAUGAUUCACCCGCGACUGGUGACUCGCUACCUCCCCCACGUGCUCCAGAACAGUGAACUGGUGUCCUCACUCGGCGGGGAUUCCACUGUCGCCGUCUCCGGUUCGGCUCAGAGCCUGUCAGUCAGGGCCUGGUUCAGAUGCGUCCUGCAGCAGCACCUCCACAAGAACCAGGAUGGAACUGAGAGCAGAUCAGGCCGGGCUGCGGAGGAACAGUUGUGUGAACUGACCCGGCUGGUGCUGAGGCUCCCCGAGGUGGACGCUCUUCUGCAAAGGGCCGGCCUCCAGCUGCUGUCCAGCAGGCCAGAGCCCACCUCAGCCCUGGAGACGUUCGUCAAGGCUGUAGGCAGCGUCUACAGCGGACUGCAACUGCUGUCCGAGCGUUCGUCCAUGGUGACCAGAGCGUUGGAUUACAUCGGUGACGUCCUGAAACACAUCAAACCAUCCCUGGUCAGCAAAAACCAAGAAGGAAUACAGCUGGCGUACUGGGCUGUCGGCUGCUUGGUGAAGCACUGGAGCCCCCUGCUGGCCACUUCCAAAGCCCAGCAGCUGUUGUUCCGCAUUGUUGACGGGCUGCUGCUGCCACACAACCUCACCCAGCAGGACAAAGCUCUCAGGGACAGCCUGCCUCUGUUCCUGCAGGGUCUCUCGCUGGCUUCCAGUGUGUCUCAGUCCCAGGGCGGCUACAUCAAGCAGCAGCUGCGCUCCGUCACCCGCAGGUACCUGGACCACUUCCUGCCUGCGUCUCCCUCCGUGGGCGUCGUCGCCAACCACCCAGUGCUGCUGGGCGCCUGCGAGGCCAGCGCCACGGCCCCGGGAGCCGCUCUGAGGAGGAUCAUCCUGGAGGUGCUGUGUGAGAACUUCCUGCAGUUCAAAGGUCACGCGCCUCCUCCUCGCCUGGCGUCGGUGCUGAUGUUCCUGUUGGAGCUCCUGAGACGAAACGGCGACUCGGACCCCGCCCUCCUCGCCCUGCCCCUCCCCUCGCUGCUGCGCUGCGUGAUGCUCGUCAACGAGCCGCAGGUGAGGAAGACGAGCACAGAUGCCAUCCAGCUUGUGGUGGAGCGAUGUGCUGCUGCGUCUGCACAGGGACCGUGCGAGCAGAUGAUCAGUGUUUUAAGGUCAUUUGUGGGGGAGAACGAGGGAGUGUACGACAGACAGGUCUACGGCGUCCUGGAGACGGUAGCUGUUUUAGAUCCGCCCGUGGUCCGGGCUCUGAUCCCAGACCUUUCCCUCAGCCUGAGAAACACCGAGCACAAACGAGGACUGGGCAAGAACAUCGCCUUAAGGAGCGCAUAUACGAAGUUGCUGCAACUCCUCGGGGAGAGUGGGCAGGCUGAAAUAACCAGCCUGGAAGCCGACUGAGAAGCUUUUCCGACAACAGAAGAAGAAGGGACAAGCUCCAGGAUGUGAUUGAAACCCCAGGAAUCACUUGUUAGUCUCGCAAGUCUAAUAGUUUUUUGGCAAGUUUCUCAACGCGGUCAUCAGGGAAAUGUGUUGGAGUUCUGCCUCUGAGGUUUCCUCAGAAAAUACGAGUGUUUAAUGCGUUUAGCAUUAACUGUAAUAAUGCUACAACCUCAAUUACAGGUGUAAUAUCCUGGAAAACCACAAUAAACUGCAGUGCAUUUGAGGAAAUGCUUCAUUACAUUUCUAAUGGAAAUGAUCCAGUUAAAGACUGUGAGCCGAACACCACCAGGCAGUAUAUAAUGUACAUAAAUGUAAAAAAGAGAAUCCUUACGUUACUGCGGAUGCAUCAAUAAUGGAAUAAAAUGAUCUGAAUUUGCUCGUUCGCCGGCCCCUUCAUCUUUUCAUUUCCUUUCUACGCUGGGAGAAAGUGAGGAAUGUGAGUAGUGGAGUGAGCGCAGACUAUUUGUGCUU